UUUGGUAGACGCAAAAUAUAGAUUUGUUUAUAUACAUUGCGGCAGUCCUGGAAGAUGCAACGACUCCGGAAUUUUUGAAAAAUCAUCGCUAAAGCGCGAGUUGCAAAGUUGUGCACUUCUUGAUGAAUUGAGCUUGCUGUAUGGAUCCACAAAAAUACCAGUCCAUAUUAUAGGGGACUCUGCUUUUCGUCUCUCUCAGCAUUUAAUGAAGCCAUAUCCGCAUAGUGUGACCAAUACACCCGAACAAAAAAAAUUCAACUAUAGAUUGUCUAAGUGCCGGCGUGUUGUGGAAAAUGCUUUUGGCCAUUUAAAAGCCCGAUUUAGGAGAAUUGGAAAAGGCGUGGAUAACCACAUCAAAAAUGUAAACACAGUUAUUUCAUGUGCAUGUGUUUUACAUAAUUUUUUGAUUGCUGAGAAGGAUUUAAUUUUGGAAAAUUGGCUAGUGGAAAUGCAUCGCGAUUCCAGGCGCAAUAUUCAAUACGGCACCAAUGCAGUUGACCGAUCUGAAGGAGAAUCGAUAAGAAAUGCGUUAAAGGAAUAUUUCAGUGAGUAA